CUGCCGAACGGUUCAGUUACCGUGCAGCCGAGAACCAGGUCAGACGUACUUUGUUCCUGUUCCGGGUAUUCGUGUUCUUCGCCUGCGUUCGCCGGGGUAGUUUGUCGCCCGUACCGGAAGUUUUCCACCGUGCGUUUGUGUAUGCGUGUGUUUGUGUUGGAAUUUUCGAAAUUCACACAGGUACAGCUGCAGAGCGUGUACCUAGCUGCAUGAAAGUGAGUGAGUGAAGUGAAUCCAUCAGCGCGAAAGCAUCAGAAGGGCUGUGCAGUGGCACACGAGAAAGUGUUGUACAAAGCUGCUGUGCAAAGUGACAAAACUGUGUGCCUUUUAAAUAAGAAGCAAAACUCAACGCGUUGGGUGAAGGUAGCGAGAAUGUGCUUGAGCAAAAUUGUACUUAUUUGAGCUGAUGCUGAGUGUAUUUUGAUUUGCUGCCACAGCGAUCGUUGCGCCGGUGAAAAGCUAACGCACCGAUAAACCGAUUCCACCGAUCCCUAUAUCUCAUCACAAUCGUAAACCGUCAUCAGCAAAAGGGUUUUGUGGCUGAAGUGCAGCUGUAGCGCGAUGAAAUUAGUGCCCGCUGGUGCGAGCUUGCAGUGAAUUGUGUGAGUGUAUGUGUUUGUGCGGGUGUCUGUGCGGAAAUUAAUAGAAAAUUGCAAAGCUUAGAAAUUGCAAGUCGAGUGCGCUGCAAGUCUGUGUUUGAGUGCUGGUGUUAGUGCGUUGUGUUGUGGAGUAAAAUAGGAAAUAGUGAAAAUAAUCAAAGAAUGCUCCCGUUGGAAAGAUGAGAAAAAAUUGUCCAACGCGGUGCAAGAAAUCGGUCGAGUGAGCUCAAAACCCUUCCGGCCAGAACGGGGGUUUGUGUCUGUGUGUGUGUGUGUCUGUGAGUGUGCGUUUGCAAGGCAAACCUGUGUAGAAACGGCAUGAAGCGUCGUGUGACGAUUGUGUACAAUCCGGUGCAGCCGGGCACUCGUCACCAGCAUCAUACUCUUCACCAACCACCUUCCACUUCCCCUCCCGCUCCUCAUCAGUCCUCCUUCCAGCCGACAACAUUAGCAUCCUCAUCAGCGGCACCCGACCAUGGCUCCCUGUGUCUGUCCUGCAUGGCAACCUCAUCGUCCUCCCCGUCGGCAUUCCGCUUCAUGAACGGCUCCUCAUCACCAUCGCCAUCACCAUCAUCAUCAUCAUCAUCAUCAGCGUCCUUUCCGUGCCAACGGUGCUGCUCGAUAUCAUCCAUUUUGAAAUCGUCGCCGGCGUCAUCACCGUCGCCGUUGAGUGCCUCAGAAAAAGCAGCACAACUAGAAGAUGCUCUUAAUAACAACCACCAUCACCAGCACCACAAACCAUCGACGGACGGGUGCUGUGCGAGUGUGGCCGAAUGCACCACCGGCCGACGGCGGGCAUCGCACCCGGCGGGCGACCGGGGCGACGAGCAGCGCUGGUGCAUGUACCUGCUCGUCGGGCUAAUUGCGACCCUCUGCUAUCUGAACGGCAUCCAGGGCGACUUUGUGCACGACGACAUCCCGGCCAUCACGCUCAACAAGGACGUGCUCGGGACGGGCCCGGUGGCGCAGGUGUUCCGCAACGACUUCUGGGGCACGCCGAUGGCCGACCUAAGCAGCCAUAAAUCAUACCGUCCGCUGACCACGCUGACGUUUCGCCUCAACUAUCUGACCUUCGGUCUGCGCUCCGUCUGGUUUCAUGCGACAAACGUGGCGCUACAUGCCGCCGCCACCGUGCUGUUCACGCGCGUCUGCCUCACGAUCGCGAGCCUGCGGCAAAACUUUGCCAUCCUGGCCGGCGUCCUGUUUGCUGUCCAUCCGAUCCACACCGAAGCGGUGACGGGCAUCGUGGGACGUGCCGAUGUGUUGGCGUGUAUAUUCUUCCUAAUUUCGCUGCUAGUCUACCACGGUCGUUCCCAUCAGCCCGACAUGAACUCGAUCUGGCUCAGCAUCGUACUCGGGGGGCUGAGCAUGCUGGCGAAAGAGACGGGCAUCACCGUGUUUCUCCUAAACGUUGCGUACGACACCUAUCGCAACUGGCCCGCCCUGAAGCGCACCAUGCAGGACAUGCGCUGGAGUGAGGAGACGCAUCAGUUUGGCCGCCGAGUGUCCCGGGUACUGCUCUCAAUGGGCGUCCUGCUAGCGGUCCGAUUGGCCCUGCUGCAGGGUUCGCUGCCGCGUUUCUCGCAGCAGGACAAUCCGACCGCUUUCCAUCCGAAUCUUUACGUGCGCCUGCUAACGUUCUGCUAUCUGGCCGCCUUCAACUGGUGGCUUCUGCUGUGCCCUUCCACGCUCAGUCACGACUGGCAGAUGGGUUCGAUCCCGCUCGUUACCACGCUCAGCGAUCCACGCAAUUUGCUCACGUUUAUUGCGUUCGGUGCAGCGCUCCUGUUCGUGUUUCGUGGUCUGAUGGAUUGUGAGCAUCAGCGUCACGUGCCGGUGGUAUUAGGGUUUCUAUUAUUAGUGCUGCCGUUUCUGCCCGCCACAAAUCUCGUCGUAACGGUGGGCUUCGUCGUCGCCGAGCGCGUUCUCUACAUUCCAAGCAUGGGCUGCCUAAUACUCGUCGUGUACGGUGCACAGCGACUCUGGGAACGCUUGGACGCUCGCCUGCGGAGACCGUUCCUGCUGCUAACCAUUGUGCUGCUGGCGGCCGGCUGUCUCAAAACCAUCGCCCGUAACCAGGACUGGAGCUCGCGCGAAGCCUUACUGCGGUCGGGCCUGAAAACGCUACCGCACAACGCCAAAAUGCACUACAAUUUCGGCAACUUCCUGCGGGACUCGUCCCGGCCCGAGCCGGCGAUCGCUCAUUAUCGGGAGGCGCUGCGGCUGUGGCCGACGUACGCCAGUGCGCACAACAACAUCGGCACGCUGAUGCCGCAGUUCGCCACGGCCGAGUAUCACUUCCGGGAGGCUAUCAAAUAUGCAUCCGAGCACAUUAACGCACACUACAAUCUAGGCCAAUUAUACAGAAAAUCGAAUCGUACGAGCGACGCGAUCCGGAUGCUGGAGCGCUGCAUUCAGCUGGAACCGCUCUUUACCGCGGCUUACCUGGAGCUGGUGAAGCUGUACGGUGGGCAGCCGGCAGCUGCCGGUCGGCUGCUGGCCCGCGUCGUCCGCCUCAACCCGUACAAUGCGGACCUGCGCCGGCAGUACGGCGACUGGCUGAUGGAGCAAAACAUGUUGCUGGAAGCGUUCAAACAAUACCAGGAAGGGAUCAAAAUAAUGGAAACUCAUCAAUUAUCCGUGAUUGGUGCCUGUCGCUGUCUACGCAAAAUGGGACAACAGUCGCGAUUGCAUCAAAUGGUGCUGAGAUGGCAAUUUAUAGUUCGCUUAUCGAACGGCGGCAUUCCGAUACAGAACGAUAUCUAUCUCCGUGAUUGGAGCAUAAAGCACGAGCUUCGCAACCGGGCGAUGAUAUACGACAGUGGUAGUAGUAGCAGCAGCAGCAGUGGAAGUAGCAGUGGAAGUGGCGGCACCAGCAGCAGCAGCACUAACACCGGCACCGGCAGCACUAUUGUGAAUGGCGACAGUGGGCCCACCACGACGGAAGACACCGGAAGCAUAAAAGAUUGCUCCAAAAUAAACUGCAGAAAACAAACGGACCCACGGCACCCGGCGGAACCGGCCGAAAUAAGUAUACGAAUACUGCGCACGCCACACUGCAACCGGUCGGAGCACAUUCCCAGCUCGCUGAAGGCCUGCAAACUGGCAGCAGCAUCGGCGCCUCCCACCACCGCCAACAGUGCGGCACCGGAACCGCCAUCCACCCACAACGGGAAGGGCAGUGGAAAAACGAAAAAAUGGUCCAAAUCACGGCACAAACCGAAACGGCAGCAGCCCUCCGGUACGACCGCCCUCGAUCCGAACGGUGCCCCACUUGCUGCCCCGCUGCUCGUGUCCAACCUGCUCGACAAGCUGUAACGGACCGUUUGGGCGGUGGAUGAAGGGGAGAAAUGUAAAGCGACACACGGCGGGUCUAGCCUCGAUGUACGAUGAUCGAUAGUGAUGAUUUUAUUUCCCCCGGCCUCGACGAGAGAAAGAUGGGGCAAAACCAGGGGGACUGAACUGAUUUCGACAAGCAAUGGCACAAAAUUCGCACCAUGCAACAAUGAAGAUGUGCACGGUGAAGGGUAUGAUAAAUCGUAUUACAUUACUGGCUCGUAACAAAGGCAGGGAGUUAGAAAGAGAGAGAGAGAGAUGGAAAAGAAAAAAAACACAACCCUACUCGCAAAAGUACUAUCCCACGAUCCCCGUAGCUAUCAAAUCCGAGACAGCAACAGUAUUGUCGGCGAUAUUUGGUUGGCUGUAAGUUGUAAGUAAUCUAACCUUCUAACACGCCUGUGCUUAAUGCCGCUCGCGUAGCAGCUGUACAUUUUCGGUAGCACUUCGGUGGCGGACGGGAAAGCGAAUGAUUGAAAGCAACAAAAAAAAACACCCCGUAUAUCCUCUCUGUGUAUGUGUAUAUAAUCGCACCGCCCAACCAACUACUGCAAGAGGUAAGUGAGUGAGAUGCUAGUGAUUAGUAGAGCAGACAGCAGGAGCAAAACAAAAAAAAAACAAA